GGAGAGGGAGCGAGGAGAACGAAAGAGGUGACCGGGACUGAAGCGUGAAGAGUAGUGCGUUUUUUUUUUUUUUACAAUGCGCGUGUAGAGUGAGCGCAAAAACGCAAUCCACCGCAGGAUCGGAAGUUUUUGGAGGGCGGUGGGGGCCCACAGCGAGAGAGAGAGAGACAGACGGAGGAGACAACCGACAGUGCAGCCAACACACGCAGCCCGAAAACGACGUGCGAUGGAGGACCUGGGCGAGAUGGACUGUCCGGUGGUGAAGCGGUUUUUAAAGGACGACAGCACCAAGUGCCUGCUGCUGGACUGCCGCUCCUUCCUCGCCUUCAACGCGGGGCACAUACGCGGCGCCGUCAACGCCGGCUGCAACACCAUCGUCCGCCGCAGAGCCAAGGGCUCCGUGCUCAGCCUGGACCAGAUACUGGCCGGGGACGAGGAGGUCCGCGGCCGCCUCCGGUCCGGGAUGUACUCCGCAGUGGUGCUGUACGACGAGAGGACGCCGGACGCCGAGAAAGUGAAGGAGGACAGCACGCUGACUCUGGUGCUCAACACGGUGUGCAGGGACUCCUCCGGCACACAGAUCUACCUGCUCAAAGGUGGAUACGACAGGUUUUUCUCAGAGUACCCGGAGUUUUGUAUAAAGACCAAAUCCUUACCGACCCUCACCAGCCAGUCCAGCAUCGACUCUGCCUGCUCGUCUUGCGGGACACCUCACCACGACCAGGGCGGCCCAGUUGAGAUUCUCCCGUUCCUCUACCUUGGUAGUGCCCUUCACGCCUCAAAGAAAGAGGUUUUGGACGGCAUAGGAAUAUCCGCCUUGCUGAACGUGUCCGCCGACUGUCCCAACCACUUCGAGGGGGCGUACCAGUACAAAUGUAUUCCCGUGGAGGACAACCAUAAAGAAGAUAUCAGCUGCUGGUUCCUGGAGGCCAUUGAGUUCAUAGAUUCAGUGCGGGACUCCAGUGGGCGAGUACUGGUCCAUUGUCAAGCAGGCAUCUCCCGCUCCGCCACCAUCUGCCUGGCCUACCUGAUGAAGAGGAAGCAGGUGCGUCUGGAGGAAGCCUUCGAGUUUGUGCGGCGGCGUCGCAGCAUCAUCUCACCCAACUUCAGCUUCAUGGGCCAGCUGCUGCAGUUCGAGUCCCAGCUCCUCGCCACCUCUUGCGCCGCCGAGGCGGCCGCCACAGCGAGCCCGCUGCUCGCACCCAAGUCGGCGACGACCGCCACGGCGACGGCGGCCACGCCCACCUCGCCGUUCGUUUUCAACUUCCCAGUUUCUGUGGUGAACUCCGCCUACCUGCACCACAGCCCGAUCACGACCUCCCCCGGCUGCUGAUGGACAGCCAGUCGCAGCCUUUCCCCCCAAAAUAACUAACUCAGAACAGACCGGGCUGCCAUUGGCUGGAAGAGCUGUCAAUCCUUUACUGCCCGCUGCAGUAUGUACAUGCUUCCAGGGCGGGGAGGUGAGAAGCAUCACGGUGCCUGAUUCAAAACUCAAAUACUGACAAAAAAAUAUUUUUUUUUAAUGUCCAGAGCCCAGCCAAUGCUCCUUCCAUUUUAACACAAGAGUUCUUCAGAUUGACCAAAAAAUGAACUGGCUUUCAAAACUUGUUCCAGCAAACGAGUUCGGACGGAGUGGUUUCUCCCGAGAAACAACAACAACAACAACAACAUGCACAGGUCAAACGCUGACACAGAGAGGCCUGAGCAGCAGCAAACACGCUCUCUCUGCCUCACUCACUCACACACACACACACACACACACAUUCAUGACUACCAACUGAAUAAGCUCAGUAUGAAGACAGGGCCUGUUGCUAUGGAGACAACAGGUCUUUAGGAGAGGAGAUGGACACAGGAAGGAAGGAGGAAUUUUAAGCACCCGCUCCUUCCCCUCUGGGUGUCCCUCCUGUUGCCGGACAAAGGAGAUGGAUGGAAAAAAAGAGGGGAGGAGACGGUGAUAGAAAGCAGGAGCCUCUUCCGUGACAGGUGCUCUGACCGGAGCUUCCUGUCUUUCACACGUCCUCUUCCUCUCUCUGUCUCUCCCCCACACCUUCCUCUCCUCUCAUCUCCUUUUCAUCC